AUGGAGUUUGCGGCCACGGACAUGCUGCAGGCAAACAUCUCCCUGGACAAGGCUGCGCUCCACCGGGCCGAGGCGGACCUCUGGAAGCGGCGCCACGCGCAGGCCGAGGCCCGCGACGACGCCAGCCAGACGUUGUUGGCCCAGACCCAGGCCGAGAAGGACAAUGCUAUUUCCCAGCUUCGCGCGGCCCAUCAAGGAGAGAUCAGCCGCACUCUGCAGGAGUGCAGCGAGGUCAUCGCCCAGCACGACGCCGAGGUACAGCGGCUGAGGAGCAGGUGCCGUGGAGCGAGUGCCGCGGCGAGCCUCCCGCCCGCGGCCGGCGGCCGCCUGCGCCGCCGUGCGCGUGCCGGUGCUGCGGCCGCGCUGCAUCUCAGCGCCUGCUCCGCCCAGCCGCUGCUGGGGGUGGCCGCUCGCGCUGAGCAGUUCGUCGGCGUCGAUGUGCUCGUCUCUGUUCAGGAACGCUUGCAGCGCUCUGACUUCCAGAACGGCGUCAGCAGCGAUAGCGUGGGUGGCCGCGGCGCCGUCGUGCAGGUAGACGUCUGGCGCCGGCCCCGCCGCACGGUCAGCCACUUGCCAUCCUCGCUCGCCAGGGCGCGUGACAGCGGCGAGGCUGAAAGCGAGCAACAGCAAAGCCGCCACUGCUGCCCACGGUCCGCCGCUCCCAGCGUCCUGUUCGUGCUGCGCAUUCUGCUUGGCGUAGGAGUGCUUCCGCUGGUCGAUGGUGCUCACCUCCGCCUCGUUGAUGUGCUGGUGCCUGCCCUGGUCGUUGAGGCGGUCCUCCGCCUCGUUGUUGUGCUGGAGCCUGCCCUGGAGUUGUUUGUGCGGCCCCCCACCGCGCCUUGA